AUGGCCGCGCUGCGGAGGCUCCUGUGGCCGCCGCCUCGGCUCCCGCCUCCGCCCUCGCCCUCGCCCCGCCAUCCCCUCCCUGCGUCGGGGGGGCGGCCUGCGGGGGUAGCCCCGGGCCCUCCCGGCCGGCCCUUCUCCUGCCGGGAGGAGGAGGAGGGGGCUGUGGCGGAGGCGGCUUGGCGGCGGCGGCGGCGGCGGCGCUGGGGGGAGCUGAGCAUCGCGGCCGCGGCCGGCGGGGGUCUGGUCGGCCUGGUGUGCUACCAGCUGUACGGGGACCCCAGGGCCGACUCCGCGCGGGCGCCGGCCCCCUGGCGCCCCUCCGAGAGCGCGGCCGCCGAGCCCGAGGACCCGCACCGCGGCCGGGGGCUGCUUCCCAUCCCGGUCGCCGCUGCCAAGGAGACGGUUGCUGUUGGCAGAACAGACAUUGAAGACCUAGACCUCUAUGCAACAUCUCGGGAAAGGCGAUUUCGUUUGUUUGCUUCUAUAGAAUGUGAAGGGCAGUUAUUCAUGACUCCAUAUGAUUUUAUUUUGGCUGUUACAACAGAUGAGCCCAAAUUUGCUAAAACAUGGAAGUCACUUUCCAAGCAGGAAUUAAAUCAAAUGCUCUCAGAAACACCACCAGUUUGGAAAGGAUCAUCAAAGCUAUUUCGAAAUCUUAAAGAAAGAGGUGUGAUUUCUUACACAGAGUAUCUUUUUCUUUUAUGUAUUUUAACAAAGCCACACGCAGGGUUUAGAAUAGCUUUCAACAUGUUUGACACCGAUGGCAAUGAGAUGGUGGAUAAAAAGGAGUUUUUGGUGCUUCAAGAAAUAUUCAGGAAAAAAAAUGAAAAGAGAGAAACUAAAGGAGAUGAAGAAAAGCGUGCAAUGCUGCGUCUUCAACUUUAUGGAUUCCAUGCUCCUACUAAUAGUGUACUUAAAACAGAUGCUGAGGAACUUGUCUCCAGAAGCUAUUGGGAUACCCUGAGACGUAAUACAAGCCAAGCACUCUUUUCAGACCUCGCAGAGCGUGCUGAUGAUAUUGCAAACUUAGUAACAGAUACUACACUUCUUGUACACUUUUUUGGAAAGAAAGGAAAAGCUGAGCUCAACUUUGAAGAUUUUUAUAGAUUCAUGGAUAACCUCCAAACAGAGGUUCUAGAAAUAGAAUUCCUUUCCUACUCUCAUGGGAUGAGUACUAUCGGCGAAGAAGAUUUUGCGCGUAUUCUUCUGCGAUACACAGACGUGGAAAAUACAUCAAUAUUCUUGGAAAAUGCGCGUUACAGUAUACCCGAAGAAAAGGGCAUUACAUUUGAUGAAUUCAGGUCAUUUUUCCAGUUUUUGAACAACCUGGAAGACUUUGCAAUAGCCUUGAAUAUGUAUAAUUUUGCAAGUCGUUCUAUAGGGCAAGAUGAAUUUAAGCGUGCCGUGUAUGUAGCCACCGGCCUCAGACUUUCACCACAUUUAGUGAACACAGUCUUCAAGAUUUUUGACGUCGACAAAGAUGACCAGUUAAGCUAUAAAGAGUUUAUUGGAAUUAUGAAAGACAGACUCCACAGAGGAUUCCGGGGUUAUAAAACAGUUCAGAAGUAUCCCACCUUCAAAUCCUGUCUGAAGAAGGAACUUCAUAGUAGAUAAAAGGACCACAUGUAAAAGUGAUGCCAAACAGCCAGUAAUCAUGAACAAUUCAAAUGUAAUUCAUUAUUUCAAAAUGUCUUAAAAGAGAAAAGAAAUGCUUUCUAUUGAAAAACAACAAAAUUAGAUUUUCACCUGGAGAAAAUAACUUGAUAGUAUUUAAUGGAAAUCUGUUCAAUUAGAAAAAUAUAGUUUAUGAAAGGAUACUAUACAAAAAUAGAACAGUGAAUUUAAAUUAAUAUAUUUAUAUACUAUGGAAGAUAGGGUCAUUUAUCUUUUUUUCUAAGAUGUACUAAAUAUAAAUUGCACACACUCCAACUGUUACCUUGCUUUUACAUAUGAAAAUACGAAAUACUGACUUUAAGUUAUUAAAUGUGAAAUUGAUAGUUCUGCAUCAGCCUAUUUAUAAAAGUAAUGUUAUUUCCAAGUUGCAUUUGUUAGACUUUUUACAUUCUUUAUCUUACAUUAUUUAUUACAUUGAUAUAGAUAUAAGUGAAUCAUCAAUUUUAGGAUUUCAUAUAGUAUAAUUUCACCUGCUUUGAAGGUUGAUUCAGUUGGUUGACUAAAUAAAAAUGCCUACCUUCUCAUUUAACAUGCCCUAGCUCUAUUUUACCUUACACUGAAUGUUCUCAAUAUUAUUUGCUAUCUAAAAUAAUGGAAAAAAAUGCAGCUUACUUUUAUCUUCGAUUAUAAGCUAAAUUAUCUUGCAUACGUGGAAAAAUUGCUAUUUAGAACAGCCCUGUAAACAGAGAUUAAAAACUGAAAUUAACUCAUGACGAUUCUUUAUAAUUCUGUCAUUCUCCUAAGGAAUACUACACAUGCAGCCUUUGUUCUUUACCGCUUAUCAGAGUGAAUGGACAUUCAUCUGUUUACAAGACUGCAGCAUAGUAUUCAAAUACAAAUAAAUAAAAUAUUCUAAUCAAUUAAAGUGGAAAGGAGUAGUAAAUUACAGUGAUUCUCUGCAUAUUAUCACUCUUGAACUUUAUCAUCUGUAAAAUGGGAGGAAAAAUAUCUCACUGGACUAUUGUUUACAUCAAUUUAAAAAUUUUUAAAUGCUUUGAAAAUAGUAAUGUACUAAAUACAUGUGUGCUAUUCUCAAUAUUUCCUUCUACAAACUAUUCUUUGGAAAGAUGAAGCUAUACCUAAAAUUUUUGUAUCAUACUCUUUACCUAAGACUAUAUGUAUGAUAAAAGGUUUAUGGUAAUUCUCAGAAUCAUUGCAUAUGAAGAAUUUCAUUUAACUCAAGUUCUAGUGUAUUGUUCUUAUUAUGAAAUAUAAUUGUAAA